AUUAAAAUCCCGAGGCUAAGUUCGAAGAUAGGCUACGUAGAACUAAGAAUCUGGAGCUAUCCGAGAAAAACGGAUAUAUACAUAUAUAUAACAGCAGAUACUGCGAACUUUCAGACAAAAAAAAACUGAAAAAAGCUCAAUGAAAUACAAUUUAUUCACAAAAUUAGAAGGCCUUAAAUCGAACAGUGUCUACUUGCAAAUUUAAUGACCUUUUAACAAAUCAAAAUUUGAAUGCGGAUACUGUCCUUUUUUAGGCCUCCUAAUUUUGUUAACAAGGUGAAUGCGGUUACUAUAGAGCUGUUUCCCCUGCGAAGGUAUUCACGGUUGCGAACUUAUAUACGAGUAUAUCCAGUAUAUCCGAGUAUAAAUCGUAUAACGACAAUAACUGUCAACUGAAAAAUAAUUAAAUUUCGAGCAGACGAAUUUCGGUGAAACAAAAUACUAGUGUGUAGUGUGCGAUCUCAGGACCAGACACCUGAGAAAGAAGCAAUUAAUUUUUCAUGCUAGCGAUGCGAAAAUCCUUGUUUUUUCCACAAUGUCAUUCUAAGAGGCGCCAUUUUAGGUGAGAAAAUAAUCGUUUUCUCCCCUAAGAUCUCAGUUCAGCCAUAUUGAAUGAGAAAUGGUUAUUUGUGUAUCUGUUCAAUCGUCCAAAACAGAUACUCAAAAAAAAUUUCAUGUAAGGGGUCGAAAACCAGAGAAAAAUCUCAAAACUCCUAUUCGACCCUCUCAUAAUACAUUCAUCCUACAUCGACUGUCCGAUAGACGAAUAUAUUCUAAAUUGGAACUAGAUGAGAGCAAUGGUCAAAUCGGACAUCAACGUUCAGUAUCCUAAAUUUAGUCAGGCUUUCCAUGUUGAAUAAAGUCGAAAAAGAUCUCAAGCCUGUUCAAGUUUUGUGAAGUCAUCUCCUCUAUUGCUUUGUAACUAUUGCAGACUGUGUAUCGUAUUCCAAAUUAACUUGGAAGUUAGUCAGUUAGUUAGUUUUUCAGGGAGGGACUAACCCAGCACCCAAGCCUCUAUUAGGCCUGUUGUGCUAUCGUACAAAUCAGGAAUUAGUGGAUUUGACUACAACCAUCAUCCCACUCCCAGCUCUGCGAAUUCACAAAUCGACCGUAAAACGUCCCAUACUUUGUGAAUUCCGAAACUAGGAAUGAUCAACAAGAAUCAUAGUCCCAAUUGACUCAUCUGUACACUUGCCAUAGACUAUUGCGUUGGGAUUAGAUGCCAACGGACUAAUGCACUAAUUCAUUUUUGUUACUUUUUACGCAAUUUCGCCACAGUGAUUACUUUUCAGUUCAAUAAAUAUUACGCAUUGGACCAACAAAGAAGAUGAAUUCCAUGUACAGUCCACACAAUUUGUCACUUCUGUGACACUAAAAUAAACGAACAACUCGACUAGAGUCAUUAUCACGGGGGAACCGUGUGUUUCGGCGUAAUGCUCGAAUAGAGCGCUUUUCUUCAUAAACAGCCCGACCAGAGCUUCUCAUACGAAGGAAUCGUGUCACUUUCUUCGUAAAGACAUAAAUCUAAAAUCAUUUCAGAUGAUUCGUUAGUUGAAAUUGUAUGCUCAAUUGCAGUCUUGAAUGUUUAGACAUAAAAGAAAAUACACCAAAAUUGAAUCAGAAGUGAAAACACAUGUCGAUUAACAAUAGAACAAAAGAGUAGAACAUUCUCGACACUUUUUGAAAAUUUGGUAAUUAAAGAAAUGAAACGAGACUUCGCAUUGGACCAACAAAGAAGAUGAAUUCCAUGUACAAUUCGUCACUAAAAUAAACGAAUAACUCGACUAGAGUCAUUAUGACGGGGGAACCGUGUGUUUCGGCGUAAUGCUCGAAUAGAUCGUUUUUCGUCAUGGACAGCCCGACCAGAGCUGCUAAUACGAAGGAAUCGUGUCAUUUUCUUCGUAAAAUCAUCUAGUUGAAAUUGGGUGCACAACUGCAGUCUUGAAUGUUUAGACAUGAAAAAAAUACACAAAAAUUGUAUGAGAAGAGAAAACACAUGUCGAUGAACAACGAAACAAAAGAGUAGAACAUUCUGGAACACUUUUUGAGAAAUUGGUAAUUGGAAGAAUCGAAACGAGACAAAAACGUUAUUUCAGCAUAAAUCACUUCGAUACUUUAUUACUUUCACUUGAUUUCAUUACACAAAUAAAUUAACUUAAAACACGUUGGAAACUGAAGCGUUUGCAAGUUUAUUGGAGGCGUGGACAAUUGGGCAAUAAAAAAAAAUGUCAAUCGAAACUGUGAAGACGAUGUAAGGCCGAUAGCAGUAGGUAUUGUUUGGAGACGUUUAACAGUUAGGUUUUGGCGUUAAAGGAGGAGCGGAGGCUUUGGUUCAUGCGGUACGUCAAUUUUGUACAGCUGAUCAUGGUGAGCCGAUUGCUUUAGUUAAGUUUGAUUUUGGUAAUGCCUUUAAUAAUAUGUUUAGAAAGUUUAUGUUAGGUGAGGUGAAGGAUAUUUGCCCAGAGUUGCUUCCUUUGCUUCAGCAGUCGUAUAGGCUCAUUUCGAAUCUUUAUUUUCUUGAUGAACCAUUGUUCUCGAAAAGAGGAUUCCAGCAGGGUGACCCUUUAGGCCCUCCAGGUUUUUGUAUUGGUAUUAUGAGAAUGACUCAUUCUCUUAGCUCUAGGUUAAAUGGGUGGUAUCUUGAUGAUGGUUGUGUUGGUGAUGUACUAUCAGUAGUACUAAGUGAUAUUAGGAAGGUUCUGGCUUUUUGUGAAUUGUCUGGUUUGCCUUUGAACGCGAAUAAGUGUGAGGUUUUCUUCAUUAAUGCUUCUGGGGACGAUGAGACCCGCAUGUAUGCUGAAAUUUCUGCAUUAUUGCCAGGUAUUAAGAAAGUUGAUGAGUCUACGCUUGAAAUAUUAGGCUCACCAAUCUUUGAGUCAGGGUUAGAGAGGAUGUUUUCGUCUAAAAUUGAAGCGAUCAAAUUAAUGUGCGAUCGUUUGAAAUUGAUGGACGUCCAUCCGGCUCUUUGUGUUUUUAGGAAGUCGCUAGGCAGUUGUAGGUUCAAUUAUUUGUUGCGCUCUUCUAAGGCGUUUCUGUUAGUCGAUCGCUUGAAGGAAGUUGACGAGAUCUUCCGUUCAACGCUUGAAGCCAUCACGAAUGUUAAGAUGGGCGAUUUUCAAUGGAGUCAGGCAUCUCUCCCUUUGUCCUUUGGAGGUUUAGGGAUCCGGAAGGUUGAGGACCUGGCAUCCCCAUCCUAUUUGUCGUCGGUGUAUUCUUCAUCAGAAUUGUCAAACCAAUUAUUGGAGAAAUUUGAUUUUAAAAUAAUUGAUGACGCUAUUCUAGGGUUAAUUGAGGUAAUUCCUCGAGAUUUUGUUCCACAGAGUGAUGAAAAUAAAAAGGUACAAAAGAAUUGGGAUAUUCCGAGGAUCAUGGAUAAGUUUGGUUGUAUGUUGGAAUCUAGUGAGCCCGUUACUCGUGCAAGACUACUUGCGUCAUCUACUAAAGAAUCUUCAAAGUGGCUGCAGGUGGUCCCAUCGAGUCAAUUGGGCUUACUAUUAGAUAACAAUACAGCUAGAAUUUCCGUUGGUCUUCGUUUAGGCUCUCAAUUGUGCGAAGAACAUAAAUGCCUCUGCAGUAAGAUGGUUAAGAAGGAUGGAUUACAUGGCUUAUCUUGUAAAAAAAGCGGAGGAUGGAUACCAGGACAUGAUGAAAUAAAUAAAAUCUUUUCUCAUGCAUUUUCUUCAGCAGGUUUUCCAAAUAUAAUACAGCCUCCUGGGAUCUCUAGAGAUGACGGUAAAAGACCGGAUGGUGUGACUCUAAUUCCAUGGAGUCAUGGUAGACUGAUACUUUGGGAUGUUACCGUUAGAGAUACUCUCGCCCCUUCUUAUGUAAAUGAAUCUUCAAAGAAGGCUGGUGCAAUAGCAGAUAAUGCGGAAAGACAUAAGCAUAAUCAUUACCAACUUUUAAAAGAAAAUUACUUUUUCACUCCUAUUGCAUUUGAAUCACUAGGUAGCAUGGGUCCAGAAACUAGAAUAUUUAUAAAGAAAUUAGGAUCAUUGAUGCGACGGGCUUCCGGUGAAUCGCGUUCUAUGGAUUACCUAUUACAGAAGGUUUCUAUUGCCAUUCAACGAAGGAACGCUAGCUGCAUUUUGGGAACAUUAGGAACGAAUAGAAUUGAUGAUUUUUAUUUAUUGUAAACUUGUUUUUUGAAAA